CCAGGCUCCUGGCCGUCGACAGCGCGGUGCGCCGCCCGCCCGUUGCCGGCGUGGGGCGGCCCGGCGCGGGCUCUGGGCGGACCAUGCGCCCGCCGGGUCCGCUGCCGGCCCGCUGGCUCUGCCUGCUGGCGGGCGCCCUCGUCUGCGCCCUCCGCCCCGCGAGCGGCUGGGCGGCUGGGAUGCCGCGGGAGGCGUGUGACUACGUGCAGAGGAUCAAGAUGGAGCACAGGCAGUGCCUGGAGGAAGCCCAGCUAGAGAAUGAAACAGCAGGCUGCAGCAAGAUGUGGGACAACAUCACCUGCUGGCCGGCCACCCCUCGGGGCCAGGUGGUUGUCCUGGCCUGCCCCCCCAUCUAUAGCUUAUUCUCCCCCCUUCAAGGCCGCAAUGUGAGCCGCAGCUGCACGGACAAGGGCUGGACACCCCUGGAGCCUGGCCCCUACCCCAUUGCCUGCGGCUCGGAUGACAACGAAUCGAAUUUGGACUCGAAUUUGGACGAGCAGCAGAAAAUGUUCUACAGUUCUCUGAAGACCGGCUACACUGUCGGCUAUAGCCUGUCCCUCGCCACGCUUCUGGUCGCCACAGCCAUCCUGAGCCUGUUCAGGAAGCUCCGCUGCACACGAAACUACAUCCACAUCCACCUCUUCAUGUCCUUCAUCCUGAGGGCUACCUCGGUCUUCAUCAAGGACCUGACCCUCUUUGACAGCGGGGAGGAGGACAGCUGCGCGGAGGCCUCGGCGGGCUGUAAGGCAGCCGUGGUUUUGUUCCAGUACUGUGUCAUGGCCAACUUCUUCUGGCUGCUGGUGGAGGGCCUGUACCUGCACACCCUGCUUGCAGUCUCCUUCUUCUCCGAGCGGAAGUACUUCUGGGGGUACAUACUCAUCGGCUGGGGGUUGCCCAGCACAUUCACCAUGGUGUGGACCAUCACCAAGAUCCAUUUUGAGGAUUAUGGAUGCUGGGACACCAUCGAGUCCUCAUUGUUGUGGUGGAUCUUGAAGGCCCCCAUCCUCACCUCCAUCUUGGUGAACUUCAUCCUGUUUAUUUGCAUCAUCCGAAUCCUGGUCCAGAAACUGCAGCCUCCGAAUGUCGGGAAGAGUGAAAAAAGCCCGUACUCGAGGCUGGCCAAGUCCACCCUUCUGCUGAUUCCCCUGUUUGGAGUGCACUACACCGUGUUUGCCUUCUUCCCCGACAACUUUAAGCCUGAAAUGAAACUGGUCUUUGAGCUCGUCAUGGGAUCUUUCCAGGGUUUUGUGGUGGCUGUCCUCUACUGCUUCCUCAACGGUGAGGUGCAGGCGGAGCUGCGGCGGAAGUGGCGGCGCUGGAACCUCCAGGGCAUCUUGGGCCUGGGCCCGAAAUACCAGCACCCAUCAGGGGGCAGCAACGGGGCCACCUGCAACACCCAGGUGUCCAUGCUGACCCGCGUCAGCCCCGGCGCGCGCCGCUCCUCCAGCUUCCAGGCCGAAGACUCCCUGGUCUGA